AUGCUUCUGCAUGGUGAGCAGUACCUGGAGAUGAGGACACCCCUGCCAUCCUUCGGCAAGCUGCUCACCACUGCCAGGGUGCUGGAUGUGCAAGACAAGGGGAAGGCAGCCAUUGUGGUCAUCGAAACUGUCACCCGCUCUGCAGACAACAACGAAGUGAUUGCAGUGAAUGAGAUCACCAGCUUCAUGCGAGGCGCUGGCGGUUUCGGCAAGCGACCACCGGCACAGCGCAAUGCAGCUGCAGUUGCUAGCAAUGCCCCACCAGAGCGGCCCCCUGAUGCUACUGUUGAGGAGAAAACCAGCGAGGACUUGGCAGCCCUGUACAGGUUGAAUGGGGACUACAAUCCCUUGCACAUUGACCCAGACUUUGCUGCGAUGGGCGGAUUUCCCAAACCCAUCCUGCAUGGGCUUUGCUCGUUUGGAGUCGCUGGAAAACACGGGCGAUUUGCAAAGCAUGUGUUCCCUGGCGAGACACUGCGCACAGAAAUGUGGGUUGUGUCCCCGACAAAGGUGGUGUUCCAGACGAGAGUGAUGGACAGAGAUACCCUGGCCAUUACCAAUGCGGCUGUCGAGUUCUUCCAAAAAGCCAAGCGAAAGCCGCCAGCUCAUGCCCCGGUUUUGGAGCGCCUGAUCGCCUUGCAGCAGCUCUCUGCACUUCAGGGGCCGUUCCAAGAGCAGGAGGCCUUGAUUGUCGGAGAUCAGGAGCGCAAGUCCGCACAGCUGGGUUUGACAACACCCCUGCCUCCCACCUACCCGCCACGCUUCAGCCAGCCAUACUCUGGCUUUUCUGCUGAUGAUGAUGAAGGGGACUGUGACAUUGUUCGGCCACAUGAUCCUGACCACCUGGGCUCAGCCAGCGCAGUUACCAGCCUCAACAUCCCAGACAUGCUGGCAAACAUCAAGCGCAACGCGAUCAGCAAGUGCCGACCGGUGAGGCAGGUGCACCCUCCCAUGGAGAACAUCUGCCUGGUGGGGCAAACCAGCGGCCGCAUCAAAUGGAUCCAGCCCAGCGGUCCCAGGCGGCCUGGUGAGGGAACUGAGGAUGAUGUCCAGGGCAUUGUGGAUGUUCAGGAGACAAAUGCAGGGGGAAUACUGCUCCGCAUCACACUUCUGGCAUCUGGAUUUGUUAUUGGACCUUCUGGCUACACCAUCCGUGAGAUCAUCAAGCAGACUGGCGCAGACGUCAAGUCCUGGACAGACAAGAUGGAAGAUGACCUCACUCGCCCCACUCGCACCUUCAUCAUUGAGGGCCACCCUGACAGCGUGGCCACCGCCCUGCGCAUAAUCUGUGAUGGCAUUGCACGCUACAAGGAGCUCUGCGAGGGUGCCUACAACGGUCAUCUGGUAUCCCGCCUGCAGAUCAUCCAUGGCAUUGCUUUCAGCUACCAGCCACCCCCACGCACCAUUGUGCCGCAUGCAGCUGGGCUGAAGGGACAGGGCAACAGGGUGCGUGCUGCCUGUGGUGGCGGCAGCGGCCGCAUGCGGCUUCCCUCGCACGGGAAUGCAGCAACCCAGACCGCUGUCAGGAUCCUGGCCGAUGUCAAGAACUGCCUGAGUGCCCAGUCUGCCGUCAAGGCUGCUGCCGCACAGACCUCUGCCAUCAACAAGGGCGGCCGCCCUCCAAGCCCGAACAUGCAUGCUAUGCAGCAGGCAUCGCAUGCGCCAGAGUACAAGGGCAUGAUGGCGCCCGAAGCCACGCCGGGACGCUCCUUCCCUUACAGUCAUGGACACGCUGUGCACGAGCCCACGAUGCCGAGCCCCGACCCCCCUGUCAUCCCUCCGGGCUACGCAAUGGUCGCCCCCAAUGUGCUCAUGCCCAUCAGCGCCUUGCUGGGCAGCCAGACGCCUCCCCACCAGCAGAGCGCUGCAUACGCCAACUUCACCCCUCAGAUGCAGGCUCCCAUGAUGGCAGACCCCUACGCCGCUUUCGGCUCCAUGGGAGACUCCAGCUUCUUCGGCAACCAGGGGCAAUACGUCGAGCCGUUUGCUCCAAUCACCCCCAUCAUGGACAGCACAGGCCAGGCCAUCGGCUACGCCAACCCGCGCCAGCAGCACACCCCCUAUGACAUGUCUGCAGGCAUGGGCGCUGAGUGGGCACGCGAGGGCGCCAUCUCAUAUGCCGGCCAGAGCCGCGGCAGCACGCCGCGGUCCACUCUGGAACAGCGCGGCUUUGGAGAGGUCCGGGACGCGCCCCCCACUGCUGCUGACGCGCCCUUCAAGGAGUUCUACGAUCAGCUGCUGCGGGAGAAGACUCCCCCGCCGGGUGGCCACAGCACCGGGGGCGGAGCAGGGCAGGCGCCGACCUUUGCACUGGCGUUCCAGGCGAACACACCCACGCCCACCUUCGGCUACCAGCACACCAGCAACCGCUCUGGUGGCAGCCCAGGAGGCAGCGUUGCAUUCAAGGCCGGUGCAGGCCAGAUGGCGUCUCCGGAGCCUCCAGCCUGGCAGCACGACACUGGCAGCCCCUUUGGCAUCCUGCCCACUGCUUCCAGCCCGCCAGCGGCUGACUGGCCAGGAUUCGGCUGCCCCGGUGAGACUGCAGCACUGCCGGGGGCUCAGGGAAACCGCAACUAUAUGGGGGAGACACAGAAGUUCUCACUGGGUUGA